CAUCCCCUCUGGGCCAGCUCCCUCCCCUCAGACAGUUUCAAUAAUUGUUCAGUAAUCACCUGCCCUUUCUCUUGCCCGAAAAAAAGAGAGGGAGGAAAUAUUUGGAUUAUCUGUGUGGACUGGUGAAGUGGCCUGAACAUGACGACUCUAAUUAAAAUAGUGUCCUGCUGUCUGAUCAUCUUUCAACUGACUGAUGGAAGGAAAUUUUGGGGUAACAGAGCAGACACUGAGGCUGGAGAGAAGAUGAAGAUCCCCUACAAACCUAAAUCAAUCUUCAGGGUUUACACUGACAGCAUAGAUGAUACAUGCACAGUGGAGCUCUUCAAGCCUCACACUCUGGACACUUGUGGUUUCAAUAGCAGCCAUCCUCUGGCUAUCAUCAUUCAUGGCUGGUCGUUGGACGAAAUGAUGGACAACUGGAUAUCCAGGUUGGCAUCGGCACUAAAAAGCUCAGAAGGACACAUCAAUGUAAUGAUUGCAGAUUGGCUGACUCUGGCACACCAGCACUACCCUAUAGCUGCUCAGAACACACGCAUUGUGGGCCAGGACAUUGCCCACCUGCUGAGGUGGCUAGAGGAUUUCAAACAAUUCCCUUUGGGAAAAGUACAUUUGAUAGGUUACAGCCUUGGAGCUCAUAUAUCUGGGUUUGCUGGGAGUAACCUAGCUGUGUCUGGAAAAACCUUGGGAAGAAUUACAGGUUUGGAUCCUGCGGGUCCAUUGUUUGAGGGAAUGUCUCAUACUGAAAGACUCUCACCCGAUGAUGCUAGCUUUGUGGAUGCCAUCCACACAUUCACCCAAGAGCGCAUGGGGCUCAGUGUGGGCAUCAAACAGCCUGUUGCCCACUUUGACUUCUAUCCCAAUGGAGGAUCAUUUCAACCAGGGUGCCAGCUGCAUGUGCAAAACAUUUAUGCACAUUUAGUCCAGUAUGGGAUUAUGGGUAUUGAGCAGACGGUGAAGUGUGCCCAUGAGCGCGCUGUGCAUCUCUUCAUUGACUCCCUGUUGAACAAAGACAAGCAGAUUAUGGCCUACAAGUGCAGCGACAACACGGCUUUCGAUAAAGGCUACUGUCUGGACUGCCGAAAGAACCGCUGUAACACUUUGGGUUAUGACAUCAAGAAAGUCUGCACCGACACAAGCAAGAAACUGUUUCUCAAAACCCGUUCACACAUGCCCUACAAAUUGUUCCAUUAUCAAUUCAAGAUCCAGUUCAUCAGCCAAACUGAUAAGAUGGAGCCCACCCUCACAGUCUCUCUAGCUGGGACACUGGGAGAAAGUGAACAUUUACCCAUAACACUAGUUGAGGAGAUUUCAGGUAACAAGACUUUUACCUUCCUCAUCACUCUGGAUACUGACAUCGGUGACCUGAUGAUAUUGCGCUUCACCUGGGAGGGAAGCCCAGUAUGGACAAACAUGUGGAGCACGGUUAAGUCCAUGAUACAUGGGACCAAAAGCAGCAGAGGACCACAGCUCACAGUGGGGAAGAUCACAGUGAAAGCAGGAGAGACCCAGAGGAAAACUUCGUUUUGUCCACAGACAGAUGAAGGCGUGUACAUCGAGCCGUCGCAGGAGAAGGUGUUCGUGCGCUGUGAAAAGAAGCGGAGGAUGAGGAUGAUGAUGAAGCACGACUAAAGCAAACUCACCUCACACCUGAUCGUGUCUUCAAAGCCUUGGGGACGAAUGGGACUAGAUUUCCUGUAAUAUAUGGUUAAUAUUUCGAACUUUACAUUUUUUAUGAGAAAUUAAAGAAUGACCAAGUGUACAAAGAUUUUGUUAUUAAAAACGGGUUUUGUAUUUUAAUUACACUGUAGGCUAUGCCAACUUUUAGUAGAAGUCCUCGUUCCAGAAUCUGAUUGGCACAGGCACAGGCCGCUCUCUUGAUUGACCCUGUGUUUUAGUGUUGAUACUGUACCACUGAUCUUUAUCUCGAUUCUAGAGCAGUUGUUGAUACCUGUUUGUGAUGUCUGUGUGUGGACCGCACUGCAGUAUGGAGCCAAAAGAGUCUCAAUAAAGAUAAAU